AUGCCCAUAACUGUCGUGCUUGGCUCUCAGUGGGGAGAUGAAGGCAAAGGCAAACUUGUAGACCUUCUCUCCAGCUCCUGUUCUCUGGUAGCCCGAGCUGCUGGUGGUCAUAACGCGGGGCAUACGAUUGUGGCUGACGGCAUGAAAUACGAUUUUCAUAUCUUGCCAUCGGCAUUGCUCAAUCCUAAUUGCAAAGUGAACUUGAUCGGAGCCGGUUGCGUUGUGCACGUUCGGUCUUUCUUCAAGGAGUUGGAGGCACUGGAAGCAAAGGGACUCAAAGAUGUCCGUCGACGGGUCCAAGUCAGCGACCGCGCACACAUAUGCUUCGACAUUCACGGCAUCGCCGACAUGAUCUCGGAAGACACUGAGCGUUACAAGAUCGGGACAACUCGUAAAGGCAUUGGACCUUCCUAUAGCGAUAAGGUCGGCCGACACGGCGUCCCUGUCUGGAUGCUUGUCAAUGGAUCUGAUGGCUGGGAGCAACAGCUUCGCAGCCUGGCCGCGAGAUAUCGAAACCUGUACGGAGACGGGGCCCUCCAAAGUUACGACCUUGACGGAGAGAUUGGAUAUCUCAAAGCGGUUGUUCCAGAGCUGAAGCAGUACGUCGUUGAUCAGGCAUUGCUGUUAUCACAGUUUUCCGGAGCCCAGGGUUUGGCGACACAUAACGUCCUCAUCGAAGGUGCCAAUGCCUUUCUCCUGGAUAUCGAUCACGGUACUUACCCGUACGUGACGUCUUCUUCCACCGGUCUCGGGGGUGUCUUUACAAGCUUGGCGGGCCUGAGUCCUUACUCCUUCUCGACACCGGGCAGCGCUAUCAUCGGGGUGGUCAAGGCUUAUACAACUCGGGUGGGGCUGGGACCUUUUCCCACCGAACUCUCCGAGUCAACCUCCCCUACCGACGCCGAGUAUGGCAGUCGUCUACAGCAGGGUGGGCAAGAAGUCGGAGUUACCACAGGCAGGCCUCGCAGAUGUGGAUGGCUUGACUUGGUGGUGGUGAAAUAUUCCGCAACUUUGAAUUGUUACACCGAAAUCAAUCUCACCAAGCUCGACGUGCUCGACAGCUUUGACGUUAUUCGGGUUGCGACAGCGUACAGCAGACGAGGGCAGGUCUUGCAAGGGUUUCCUGCCGAUCUUGAUGAUUUGGCGGACGUAGAAGUCGAGUACAAGACUUUCGAGGGCUGGCAGACCCGGACACAAGGAACGACCAGAUUCGAGGACCUACCGACGCUCGCGCAACAAUUAUUGAGCCGUGUGGCUUUCUAA